AUGGGGUGCUUCAACACCCAUGCUUCGGGGACAAACGACCCCCCGGAAGUGCGAAACUGGCGUAUCCACUUCAUUGCACUUGUGGCUUCCAUGUCAGCUUUAGCAUUGGGUUACGACAGUGCCGUUAUCGGCGGUACGAUGGCUCUCGACUCCUUCGUCAGGGACUUUGGACUCCUCGAUGCCACGCAGUCCAAGAGAGAUGAAGUCCAAAGCAACAUCGUCUCUACAUUUUAUGCAAGUCGCCUAUCCAGUCUUUCCAAUGUUGCUUUCUUUGAGAUUGAAUAUGGAACUAACCUCAUGGGUUUUAGGCUGCUAGGCCGCAAACGAGCCAUCCUCAUCGCGUCCUGCGUCUUCCUUCUUGGUGGUACAGUAAUGACGGCAUCUAAUGGCAACAUGAACAUGAUCAUUGGCGGUCGCGCUGUCGCUGGCUUGGGCAUCGGAGCCUGUGCCCUCGUCGUCCCAGUUUACAUCGCUGAAACAGCUCCACCAUCCAUCCGGGGCCGUCUGAUCGGGAUAUUCGAAAUUGCUUCCCAAGGAGGGGGGAUGCUCGGUUUCUGGAUCAACUACGCAACCGAUCAGAUUGUCGCCAACGACGCCAAGACACAGUGGAUAGUUCCUCUAGCUUUCCAAUUGGUCCCUGGGGUUCUCUUGUUCGUCGGCAUGAUGUUCUGCCCAGAAAGCCCCCGAUGGCUGGCUAAAGGAGAUAACUACGAGUCAGCGGAAGGCGUGUUGACUAUGAUCCGAGGACUUUCAAAUGAUCAUUCAUACAUCAGACACGAGAUGGGCGAGAUACGCACUCAGAUUGAGCAACGAAGCACGACGAAAAUGAGCAAGACCGCCAAGGCGAAGAAACUAUUCCAGAAAGGUGUCCGAAACCGUCUGGGAAUCGGGCUGGCCUUGAUGUUCCUACAAAGCUUCACUGGGGUCAACAUUCUUAUGUAUUGUGAGUCGAUUCUUCAUUGGAGCUCCCCUGGAGGCGGUGGAAGUACUCGUCUCGUCCUUGGUGUGUCAUGGUAUCACGCUAACGGGUUUACGCUUUUACUAGAUUCUCCUCGGAUUUUCGAAACACUCGGCGUUACAGGGACCUCCACUAAGCUCUUCUCCACCGGGUUUUAUGGAGUUGCAAAGACUCUCGGUAUGAUCACCUUCACGAUCCUCGUAAUUGAGAAGGUUGGGCGACGAAAAGGUAUGAUAUGGGGUUCGGCCUUGGGAUGUAUCCCGAUGUUUUACAUUGGAUCAUACGUCAUGAAAGCCAACCCCAUCGAAGCAGCGGCCGCUGGAAGACCCGUUGCUAAAGACGGCUGGGCAUACCUCGCCAUCACGUGCGUUUACAUUCAUGGAUUCAUCAUCACAGCGACAUGGCAGGGAAUUACUUGGACGGUCUGCUCCGAGAUAUUUCCCUUGGACAUCCGCAUGCUGUGCGUAGCUCUCACUACAGCAGACACAUGGGUCGGAUCGUUCAUAAUUGCACGAACAACACCGUACAUGAUUUCUGACCUGGGCUAUGGAGCGUACUUCUUCUUUAGUGCUAUCCUGGUCGGCAUGGGUAUCUGGGCAUUUGCGUUCGUCCCUGAAACUAAAGGAAUUUCGCUUGAGGACAUGGACGCUUUAUUCAUGAAGCCUACUCACAAAAUUGUUUGGGCUCAACUGCGGCGGAAACCCUUUCAUACGGAGAGAGUGGAGCCCGAGGCAGAUGUUAAAGACCUCGAGGUUGAGGAAAUUGAGAAAAGGUGA